GUUCGAGUCCGCGUCUGCGUCCGCCGACAAGUGCGAGUCCGGCUGUGGGUUCCACGAGUCGCCGGGAUCCGCUUCGAAUGCUUCAAAUGCUGGAAUGGUCUUCUGCGGCGUGCUCGGCGGCGCUCGGUCGCCGGCUCGGACGGACGCUUGACAAGUCUCGUCGUCGGCCGGCCGAGUUCGUCGGGGCAGACUGAGCCGGAAGCGGUCUCGACCGUUGGCCGGCCUCCGCCAUUGGCUGUGCUCCAAGACCGACAUGCUGCGUGGCAGAAGACCGCCUCGGGCCGGCGAGACUCGCGAUCGCAUUGCUCCGAUCGUCUCACGCCCGGACGCAGGCUCGUCUACCUCAAGUCGCCCAAAACAUGA